AACAUUAUAUUAUCUUUAUAUUUUUUCGUGACAUGGCCUUAAUCUCAAAACCCAACAAUUUCGAUAUGGAACAACAUGCUCAUGAUCAUUCGAAUACCCAAAUUCCCCCGCCCCCAGCAUACGGGACUCCGCAUCCUCAGCAGCUGCAGACAAGUUCAUCACAAGUGACCAUCGUUACAACCGGUGGAUUUCAACAACCAGAAGUGGUAACUGCUCCUGUUCGAAAUUACGACCGGACCUUCUCCGCUAUUGUUGGCACUAUCUGUUUCUUACCUACCGGAAUAUGCGCCCUCAUUCUUGCUCUUAACGCAAAGAACCAGUUUCGCGCAGGUGACACUGAUAGAGCACAGACCAGUAAUAACUGGGCCUCGCGUUUGACCGAACUGUCAUUUAUUUGUGGAGGCGUGUGGAUAGGCCUCGUGAUUUUUUUUAGUAUUCGUUCUAAAUACAUUCAUGAAUAAUAAUUUUUUUUAAAGUAUAGAAAUAGUCAUUUCUUCAAGAUUAUACCAAAAACAAGGAACAUAUAAUAAGAUUUGGUUAUUUCAAAUGAGGGGGAACAUCAUAUAAAACCCACGCCUCUUUUUUUUAUUCUAUCAGCCAACUUUUCAAAAAAUAUAUCCACUAGCC